AUGCUAUCAACUCUGGAUCUCGGGAAUAAUAGGUUGUCCGGGAAAGUCCCCCCUGCUCUGCUGCAGGGAUGGCCCCAUCAAUCAACUUCUUCGUCCCAUCCCCCACCCUCAGGCCCCAUCAAUCAACUUCUUCGUCCCAUCCCCCACCCUCAGGCCCCAUCAAUCAACUUCUUCGUCCCAUCCCCCACCCUCAGGCCCCAUCAAUCAACUUCUUCGUCCCAUCCCCCACCCUCAGGCCCCAUCAAUCAACUUCUUCGUCCCAUCCCCCACCCUCAGGCCCCAUCAAUCAACUUCUUCGUCCCAUCCCCCACCCCUCAGGCCCCAUCAAUCAACUUCUUCAUCCCAUCCCCCACCCCUCAGGCCCCAUCAAUCAACUUCUUCAUCCCAUCCCCCACCCCUCAGGCCCCAUCAAUCAACUUCUUCGUCCCAUCCCCCACCCUCAGGCCCCAUCAAUCAACUUCUUCGUCCCAUCCCCCACCCUCAGGCCCCAUCAAUCAACUUCUUCGUCCCAUCCCCCACCCUCAGGCCCCACCUUCCAUUCUGCCAGGGCGAGCAGGCCCUCACCCCCUCAACCUUGCAUGCCCCAUCCCCCACUUCCAGGCCGAGCAGGCCCUCAAGUUCCUCAGUCUCGCCUCCAACGCCCUCUCCUCACUCUCUCCAGCCCGCCCACCCCACUCUCCUCCCCCCCCUCCCCCGCCCCAUCCCCGCCUUCUGCCAGGGCAAGCAGGCCCUCACCAUCCUCAACCUCGCCUCCAACGCCCUCUCCGGUCCGCCGACCCCACUCUCCCCCUCCUGCGCCGCCUCCCUUCAGGUUCUCUACCUCUCCUCCAACCGCCUCUCCGGUCCCAUCCCCGCUACAAUCGGAUCCUUUAG